CUGCCCUGCGCUCGCGCACAUUACGCCAGAGCAAGAUGGCCGACACGGCGGCCACUGCCGGGGCCGGUGGCUCCGGAACGAGAUCAGGAAGUAAACAGUCCACUAACCCUGCUGACAACUACCAUCUGGCCCGGAGGCGAACCCUUCAGGUGGUUGUGAGCUCCUUGUUGACAGAGGCAGGGUUCGAGAGUGCUGAGAAAGCAUCCGUGGAGACAUUGACAGAGAUGCUGCAGAGCUACAUUUCAGAAAUCGGGAGGAGCGCCAAGUCCUACUGUGAGCACACAGCCAGGACACAGCCCACGCUGUCGGACAUCGUGGUCACGCUUGUUGAGAUGGGUUUCAAUGUGGACACCCUCCCUGCUUAUGCGAAACGGUCUCAGAGGAUGGUCAUCACUGCCCCUCCAGUGACCAAUCAGCCGGUGACCCCCAAGGCCCUCACUGCAGGGCAGAACCGACCCCACCCGCCACACAUCCCCAGCCAUUUUCCCGAGUUCCCUGACCCCCACACCUACAUCAAAACUCCGACGUACCGCGAGCCCGUGUCAGACUACCAGGUCCUGCGGGAGAAGGCGGCAUCCCAGAGGCGAGACGUGGAGCGGGCACUCACCCGCUUUAUGGCCAAGACAGGCGAGACCCAGAGUCUAUUCAAAGAUGACGUCAGCACGUUUCCAUUGAUCGCCGCCAGGCCUUUCACCAUCCCCUAUCUGACAGCCCUUCUCCCGUCGGAGCUGGAGAUGCAACAGAUGGAAGAGACGGAUUCCUCGGAACAGGAUGAGCAGACGGACACAGAGAACCUCCCUCUUCAUAUCAGUACGGCUGCCUGUCCCUGAAGGAGGCAAGAAAGUGGCAUUUCCAGCUGUACUUGGGAGAAGAGAAGCUGUUGUCCCAUGACUCGGGACCCACGUCCUGGCCUUGUGAGACAAGUGAGCCGAAUGGAGGGAGCCUAGUGCCCUCUGGCAGAGGUCCCAGAGCUGGCUUUUCUGUGCCCCUGACUGUCCCUCCCAUCCUUAUUAUCUCAGGAAACACUUAAGGCAUGGUUAAAGUGAAAUUGCAGCGACUUUAAGGCAGGGCGUUUCUGGUAGAGAAGAAAGCAGGGAUAUAAGGGGUGGGUUACUAAGCCAAGCCAUUAACCCCUUCAGAAAGAUUGGGAGCCAGAUACCCCAGGCAGGUCUGGUCCUGGGCAGACUUGGGUCUGGCAUGAGCUAGGUUGGCCUGGGGGCACUCGCUUUCAAGAGAGCCUGCAGAGGGUCCACAACGGCUCUAGGUUGUGGUCCCACUGGAUCGGCUGCUGCAGAGGGACAGCACAGGGACCCUGGAUGGAACUGGGUUUUGGGGGAGAACAGAAUUGGUGGGGCACAGAGGGGCGGGCAGCAGAACCUAGAAGGGAGCCAGUUUCUUCAGGUUCACUAAGCCUGUGACUGGAGUCCCUGUCGGCCUGCUGUCCCUUGUGAGGGAACCUGCUGUUCCUGUCAUCCAAUCACAGCGUCCUCUACCCUGCUGUCUUUGGCAACGGAAUCUUCUUUUUUUUUUUUUUUUUUUUUUUUUUUUUUUUUUAAUUUUAUUAUAUUUUGUUAAUCACCAUACAGUACAUCCCCAGAUUCCGAUGUAAAGUUUGAUGCUUCAUUAGAUGCGUCUAACAACGGAAUCUUCUGGUUGAGGUCAGGUCCUCUUUUGCCUUAAUUACAUUAACAGGAAUCUCACUGACAAGACCCUUGGCCUGUCACCAGGGGGCGCAGCCCAACCGGCUUCUUCGGGUCACUUCUCCUUCAGGCCUGAGCUUCUAGGUCAAGUCCUUGGUGUGGUUUUUCUCCCUCUUCCCCUGCAGCUUCUGCUCAUUUUAAAGAACUUGGAAAACAGAAGAGAGUAUAAAUAAGGAAAGGAGAAUCAAUCACCCAUAUUCCCAGAACUGGUUUUUAAUGUUUCGACCUACUUCUUUUCUUUUUUUUUUUUUUUUUAAAUAUUUUAUUUAUUUACUUGACAGAGAUAGAGACAGCCAGUGAGAGAGGGAACACAAGCAGGGGGAGUGGGAGAGGAAGAAGCCGGCUCGUAGUAGAGGAGCCUGACGUGGGGCUCGAUCCCACAAUGCCGGGAUCACGCUCUGAGCCGAAGGCAGACGCUUACCCGCUGUGCCACCCAGGCGCCCCUCGACCUACUUCUAAUAUGUCUACACACAUUAUGAUUAAAAAAUGCUUUAAUUGAGGUCAUGUUGAAUAUAUGUAAACCUAUAAACUUUUCUCUCAAAUCACUUUCCUCAAAAAGCAAACAGUGAAAGAGCUGACCUGCAGGUCACAGAUGGGGAUUGUCGUUGACGUUCCUGUGUUGGCACCUGUGUGCUCUCUUUGCCUUGGUGGGAGCCCUCGGGGCUCUAGAAGUGUUUGGCCUCUGUUGCAGUAUGAUCAUUUGUACCUGCUGCAGGAACCAGAUAGUUGAGAAUCUGGAGGAAAUCGAUUAUGAUUUGCAUUCAGUUUGGUCUAGGAGAUGCCCUGGGGACAUGAUUUGUUCUGGCCCCGUGUCCUGCAAAGCAUCACGGGUCACUUUUCUCUUUCUUUAUUUCCACACAGGCUGGGCUUCCUCCUGUGACUCCCUGCCCCUGCGAGGGCUCUGUUCUAACUCACGUCGUUACCUUCUCAGGAGGUUCAGAGUGGUGUUUUCUGUGCUGCCCUGUGUCCAAGCUGUUGGUCUCAUCUUCCUUGGCUAGCUGGCCCCUGCCUGGGCCUCAUUUCUCCGGGGCAGGGAUAGGUCCAUUAGAAAGAAAGUGGUCCCCUGGGCUUCUAAUUGCUUGAUGAAAGGGAUGCUAAUAGUAGUUCUUGUUAUGGGCAUGAUCUCUUCCCUUAUGCCAUUGGUAUUUUGCUUUAUUUCGGCUUUUGCUCAAAGGAUGAUUCUGGAGCCGAGAAGGAGAACACCUCUGUCCUGCAGCAGAACCCCUCCUUGUCGGGAAGCCGGAAUGGGGAGGAGAACGUCAUCGAUAACCCCUAUCUGCGGCCUGUGAAGAAACCCAAGAUUCGCAGGAAGA